AUGCGCUGGACGGAUCCGCCAGGUGUGGAGCCAGAAAUCCUCCUUUAUCUCAAACGUUGCGAGGGGGAAGACCGAUUCAAGGUCGGGGUUGCGACCCUUCCUGGAUCCAAACGCAGCGGACCCCUUCCAGACGACGGGACUGUUCAGUUAGACCUGAGCUACAACCAUCCAGGAGCCUCAGCAGAGGUCCUGACCGCUGUACGGGACCACCCCCACUACCCCCUGCACACACUCAGCGUCUCCGUCUCAGAGCCGCUGUUUGUUGGGUUCAGUCUGGAGCGUCCUGGUUCCUCUGUGUCUCUGCUGAACUUUGACGAUGAAGAUGACUUUGACGAUGAAGAUGAUUGA